GCUAUAAUGUAGUGCAAUUAUUGAGCAAGAGAGAAAGAAAAAGAAAAGAGGAAAAGACAGAAAGUGCACUUCAUGAUAACAAGCCAAUUUUGGCUUUGUGUUUUGGUCUUGUACGUGCCAUACCAGCUUUCAAAGCAACCCUUUAAUUUCUCAUCCACAAUAUUCUUCUCUCUUACCCUUCACACACUCACAAACAAAUCCUGAAAUUUCCACACUAAGCAGGAAAUUGACCGUGUUUACCAAAUUCUUGAUGUUAGCUAGUUCCUAUAGCAAGAUUUGGAUGUGUAUAUAACUUUGAAGGAAAUCCAUCUUAGGAUCUAUACCUUAAUUUCUCAUCUUUUUCUUCCUUUUCAAGUUCAAGUAAGCAGCCUCUUUAUUUUUUACUCAGAAAUCGAACUCAGUAUCUCGAGAUUUAUAGUACUCGUGCACAUGCGCAUCAAUCACUUGCGCUAGCUAGAAUCCGAUAUAUCUAGUGUAAGUAGCCUCUAGCUAACCAUAAGAUCUAAACAAUUCUCACCUUUUUCGGUGAAAAAAGAAGUUGAUCUAUCACUAAAGUGUUUAUAUAUCUCUCUCACAUAUAUUGGAAAGACAUCAUAGUUUGCUUUAUCAUAAUCUAGUUAUUGUAGUGAUAGAGAUGAUGAAAGGUUUGUCGGUAGAAGAAAAUAUGUCAAAUUUGACAUCUGCUUCAAGUGAAAUAAGUGCUUCUUCAGCAACCAAGAAUGGAAAAGCUUCAACAAAUCUGGAACCACAAACCAAAAGGAAGAGAAAUCUUCCUGGUCACCCAGACCCUGAGGCACAAGUGCUAGCCUUGAGUCCCCAAACUCUCUUGGCAACAAACAGGUUCAUUUGUGAGAUUUGUAACAAAGGUUUUCAAAGAGAUCAAAAUCUUCAGCUUCAUAAGAGAGGACAUAAUUUGCCAUGGAAGCUAAAGAAAAGAAACGUCAAUGAAAUCAUAAGAAAGAAAGUAUAUGUUUGUCCAGAGCCAACAUGUGUUCACCAUGACCCUUCAAGGGCACUUGGUGACCUAACUGGAAUCAAGAAGCACUUUUUCAGGAAGCACGGUGAGAAGAAGUGGAAGUGUGAGAAAUGUUCUAAACGAUAUGCAGUUCAGUCGGAUUGGAAAGCUCAUUCCAAAAUUUGUGGCACUAAAGAGUAUAAGUGUGACUGUGGAACCCUCUUCUCAAGAAGGGACAGUUUCAUCACUCACAGAGCCUUCUGUGACGUUUUAUCACAGGAGAGUGCAUCAAUUUCAGCAGUGAACCCUCUAUUCUCUUCUCACUCCCAAUUUCAUCAAAGCCAUGGUUUUCAACCACUAUCACUAAAAAAGGAACAAGACUUCAAUUUAAGACCAGAAAUUCCAUUAUGGUUACUCCCAACCCAUUUGAACCAUUUUCAAAACCCUAACCCUACAACUUUGUUUCCUAAUAAUUCUUUCAACUCCAACAAUAUAACCACUGCUUCUCCUCACAUGUCUGCCACUGCUUUGCUGCAAAAAGCAUCACAAAUAGGUGUAACGACAGUGAGUAAAACAGAACCUUGUAGACCCCACUUAAUGCAAACUCACGUGCCUUCAGGAAUGGUUAUGCCUUCACGUGAAGAAAUAGGAACCACUGGUUUUUCUCAUUGUUUGGCUUCUUAUGGGAAUAAAGCUGCAAUAACUUCUGAUUGCUUUGAAGAAUCUUCUUCUCUUUUGCAUGAUGUGAUGUAUGGUAGUGAGAGUUCACAUUCACAAUUUGAAGCUGUUACUGCUGCUAUGAGCAUGAGGGGAAUGUUUGAUACACAAAGAGAUAAUAAUAACUUUGAGGAACAAUAUUCCCAUUUUGGUAAAAGCAACAUUAUAAAGAAUGGUGGUGCCAAUGAUGAUGAGAUGACAAGAGAUUUUUUGAGUCUUGGUGCAUUUUCUCAAAGAGACUUGUUCAAUAUAUCUGGAAUUGAUGGCCCUUUGAGUUUGCAUGGUAAGCAAAAUCAAAUUCAAAAUCAAACUCCUUGGUGAGGCUGAUAUUCAGGUUAAUUUGUACACUAAUGCAUACUCCAUGAUUUGGAGAUUGGUUAAUUUUUGUCCCAAGAGGGAUUCAAAUUAAUCUAUCUAUACACUUGCUAUUAAUUAGGCAUAUUUGGUA